UACAGUCUUCAUUCUCUUUGUCAUAAUCACCCUCUUUUUGCCAUUUUCUAAUGAUUCUCAGAUCGUAUGGAAUUAAUACCAGAUUAUCACCCAAUCCUCUCUUCACUCUCAACCAAUUUCAUCUCCAUUUUAGGGCGGAUCCCAUUGAUACCCAAUCUCUUCCAUCACCAGAAACUCAUUCUUCUAUUAAAGCAAUCUGUUCUCAAGUCUAUGAAUCGUAUCAACGACAGGCCUUCUCCAGAUUUUCACCUCCAAAGCUCAACCUUAACAUCAAUCCUUAUUCUUUGACCCAUGAACAAGCCAUUUCAAUCGUUGCACAUCUGGCAAACGAAUCUGGUUCCAUGGUUGCUCUAAGCUUCUUUUACUGGGUACUUGAGAUCUAUAAGUUUAAACAUUUCAUGAGGCUUUACAUUGUAGCUGCCACUUCUUUGAUUCAAAAUGGUAACUUUGAUAGAGGUAAUGAAGUAAUGCAGUGUCUGGUUAGAAAUUUUGCUGAAGUUGAGAGGUUAAAGGAGGCUGUUGGGAUGGUUCUUGAGACAAAUCAUGGCUUGAGGCUAAAUGCUGAAACCUUGAAUUGCAUAUUGGUUGUUGGUUUCGAAAUGGGGCUGCUUGAUUAUUUGGAGAAAGUGUUUGAUGAAAUGUCUGAGAGAGGUGUGUGCGGGGAUUUUAGUAGUUACAAAUUGAUGGUAGUUGGGUAUUGUAGAGCGGGUAGGGUUUCUGAGGUUGAUAAGUGGCUGAAGGAAAUGCUUGAAAGAGGGUUCAUUGUUGAUAAUGCUACUUGCACAUUAAUUAUCAGUUUGUUUUGUGACAAGGGUUUUUCGAAUAGAGCACUCUGGUAUUUUGAUAAAAUGGCGAAGAUGGGGUUUAAGCCUAAUUUGGUCAAUUAUUCUUGUUUGAUAAAUGGGUUGUCUAAGAGGGGUAGUAUAAAGCAAGCCUUUGGAAAAUUGGAAGAAAUGGUUAGGGAAGGAUGGAAGCCUAAUGUGUAUGUGCACACUGCUUUGAUUGAUGGGCUUUGCAAGAAAGGAUGGACUGAGAAGGCUUUUAGAUUGUUUCUUAAGCUUGUUCGGAGUGAUAAAUACAAACCAAAUGUCCAUACAUAUACUUCUAUGAUCGGUGGAUAUUGCAAUGAGGAGAAGUUGAAUCGGGCAGAGAUGUUGUUCAGCAGAAUGAAAGAGCAAGGUUUGGUUCCUAACACCAACACAUAUACCACUCUUAUUAAUGGCCAUUGUAAAAUUGGAAGUUUCGAACGAGCAUAUGAAUUGAUGCAUCUAAUGGAUAAAGAAGGUUUUACUCCUAAUAUAUAUACAUAUAAUGCAAUAAUUGAUGGCCUGUGUAAAAAGGGUAGGGUUCAAGAAGCCUAUGAACUGCUUGAGAAGGGCCUUCUACAUGGAUUGCAAGCUGAUAGAGUUACUUAUACUAUUCUCAUUACUGAGCAGUGCAAGCAGGCUAAUACGGAGCUAGCUUUGGCAUUUUUUUGUAAGAUGGUUAAAGUUGGCCUCCAGCCUGAUAUGCAUUCAUAUAACACAUUGAUUGCCGCAUUUUGUAAGAAAAAGAAAAUGAAAGAAAGUGAGAACCUUUUUGAAGAAGCUUUGAAACUCGGAUUGGUUCCUACCAAGGAAACUUACACAUCGAUGAUAAGUGGGUAUUGCCGAGACGGAAACUUAAGCAUGGCACUCAAAUUUUUCAACAAGAUGAAUGACCACAGUUGUUUACCAGAUAGCAUCACAUAUGGAACAUUGAUCAGUGGACUUUGCAAAGAGUCUAGGUUGGCGGAGGCAUGCCAGUUAUAUGAAACCAUGAUGGAUAAGGGGCUUUCUCCAUGUGAAGUAACUCGGUUGACACUAGCUUACGAGUAUUGCAAGAAAGGUGAUUCUGCCAUUGCCAUGGUUAUGUUGGAAAGACUAGAGAAAAAACUUUGGUUGCGGACGGUUAACACCUUGAUCAGGAAGCUUUGUAGUGAAAAGAAAGUGGGCAUAGCAGCAUUAUUCUUUCAUAGAUUAUUGGAUAAGGAUCGCAAUGUUGAUCGUGUAACUUUGGCAGCAUUUGUUACUGCAUGUUAUGAGACUGACAAGUUUGCUGUAUCUGACCUGAAUGAAAGGAUCUCAAAAGGAAUUGGCUAGCAACUUGGCCGUUGG